GUGUGUGUGUGUAGUGUGUGGUGUGUGUGUGUGUAGUGUGUGGUGUGUGGUGCGUGUAGUGUGUGGUGUGUGUGCGCGCGCAUAUACUGUGCAUGUGUAUAUUGAAUGCAGCUCUUGUGCACGCGGCGACGUGACGUCUCUACUCUCUACUCUGUGUGUGUGUGUGUGUAUAUAUGCGCGCUCGCGCGCGUCCGCGUUCUUGCCGCGCGCGCUCCGGCUGACUCUGACUCGCGGAGCUGCUGCUGGACAAAAAGGAGUCGGUAAAGAAAGAGUCGGAGAGACGGAGAGAGAGAGAGAGAGAGAGAGAGAGAGAGAGAGAGAGAGAUAAUGGCGGAGCGGCGGUGGAGCUGAACAGCAGGAUGAAGUGUUUGUUCUCGGAUCUGCUGCUUUUCUGCUCUUUUGCUCUCAGUGGCGGUUCUCCCCUGCUGCUCUUUGCUAAUCGGCGUGAUGUGCGCUUGGUGGACGCUGAGUCGGUGCGCGCGGACUCGGCCGUGUUGGUCAGCGAUCUGGAGGACGCGGCCGCCGUGGACUUCCUGUUCUCCGAGAGUCUCGUGUUCUGGACUGACGUCAGUGAGGAGGCCAUCAAACAGACCUUCUAUAACCAGAGCAGCAACGCGGUGAAAGAAGCAGUACUGGGUUCGGGUCAGAAGGUGGUGGUUUCGGGUCUGGACUCUCCCGAUGGUCUGGCGUGUGAUUGGCUCGGACGGAAACUCUACUGGACCGACUCGGAGACGAACCGCAUCGAGGUGGCGAACCUGGACGGAACGUCACGGAAAGUUCUGUUCUGGCAGGAUCUGGACCAGCCUCGGGCCAUAGCACUCAAUCCAGCACAGAGGUACAUGUACUGGACGGAUUGGGGUGAGGAGCCGAGGAUCGAGCGCUCGGGGAUGGACGGCAGCAGCAGGAAGGUGAUUAUAGAGAAGGAUAUUUACUGGCCCAACGGCCUGACCAUCGACCUGGACGAUCAGAAACUGUACUGGGCCGACGCCAAGCUCAGCUUCAUCCACAGAGCCAACCUGGACGGCACCGCACGAGAGACGGUGGUGGAGGGGACGCUCACACACCCGUUCGCCCUCACACUCUUUGACGAGACGCUGUACUGGACAGACUGGCAAACUCGCUCGAUUCACGCCUGCAACAAACACACGGGCAACAACCGGAGAGAAAUCCUCAACGGCAUCUACUCACCCAUGGACAUCCAGGUGCUGGGGGAGAAGAGACAGCCUUACAUCCACACGCCCUGCAGCGAUGGAAAUGGAGGAUGUUCUCACCUGUGUCUGCUCUCGCCCUCGCCCCCGUUUUACAGCUGCUCCUGUCCGACUGGCGUCAAACUGCGCGAGGACGGCAAAACCUGCAGACCAGGAGCGGAGGAGGUUCUGCUGCUGGCCCGCCGGACCGAUCUGCGCCGGAUCUCUCUGGACCUCCCGGAUUUCACCGACGUGGUCCUGCAGGUGGGCGACGUCCGUCACGCCAUCGCCAUCGACUACGACCCGGUGGAGGGGUACGUGUACUGGACAGAUGACGAGGUGCGGGCGAUCCGGCGUUCUCGGCUGGACGGAAGCGACGCCCACACGCUGGUGAGCGCCGAGGUGGAGCAUCCUGACGGCCUCGCCAUCGACUGGAUCGCACGGAACCUGUACUGGACCGACACGGGGACCGACCGCAUCGAGGUGACGCGCCUCAACGGCUCGGCUCGGAGAAUCCUCAUCUCCGAGGGGCUGAGCGAGCCCAGGGCCAUCGCACUCGACCCUGUCAGCGGCUACAUGUACUGGACAGAUUGGGGCCAGAAGCCGAAGAUCGAGCGCGCUAAUCUGGACGGCUCGGAGCGCGUGGUGCUGGUGAACACGUCUCUCGGCUGGCCGAACGGAUUAGCGCUGGAUUACGCCACUGGAAAGCUGUACUGGGGAGAUGCUAAAACGGACAAGAUCGAGGUGAUAAACGUGGACGGGUCGAACAGAGUGACUCUGCUGGAUGAUAAACUGCCGCACAUAUUCGGCUUCACGCUGCUGGGUGACUACAUCUACUGGAGCGACUGGCAGCGGAGGAGCAUCGAGCGCGUUCACACCACCAAGAUCAUACGCGAGGUCAUCAUAGAGCAGCUGCCUGACCUCAUGGGUCUCAAAGCCACCAAAGUCACAGAGAUAUUCGGCACUAACGGCUGCACUGAAUCCAACGGUGGCUGCAGUCACCUGUGUUUCAACGGGCCGCGUGGUCUGACGUGCGCAUGUCCGAUGGGUCUGGAGCUCCUCAGUGAUCUGCGCACGUGUGUCGUUCCUGAAGCGUUCCUGCUCUUCACCAACCGCGCCGACAUCCGUAGCAUCUCGCUGGGAACCAACAGCAACGAUGUGGCCAUCCCGCUCAGCGGAGUUAAAGAGGCCUCUGCACUCGACUUCGACGUCGCAGAGAACCGGAUCUUCUGGACUGACGUUAGCACCAAGACGAUUAGCCGUGCGUUUAUGAACGGCAGCGGUGUGGAGGCGGUGAUCGAGUUUGGUCUGGAUUAUCCCGAGGGCAUGGCCGUGGACUGGAUGGGCAGGAACAUCUACUGGGCCGACACUGGAACCAACUGGAUUGAGGUGGCCCGUCUGGACGGUCAGUACCGCCAGGUUCUGGUGUGCAAAGACCUGGACAACCCUCGCUCGCUAGCACUGGAUCCGGCUAACGGGUAUAUGUACUGGACGGAGUGGGGGGGUCGGCCCCGUAUCGCCUGCGCUCACAUGGACGGUACCAACAUCAUCACUCUGGUGGAUAAAGUGGGCCGAGCCAACGGUCUGACCAUCGACUACGUGGAUCAGAGACUGUACUGGACCGACCUGGACACAUGCAUGAUCGAGUCCACCAACAUGCAGGGUCUGCAGCGUGAGAUCGUAGCUGAUGAUCUCCCACACCCUUUCGGUCUGACUCAGUACCGGGACUUUAUCUACUGGACCGACUGGAACCUGCGCAGUAUCGAGCGAGCGGAUAAGCGGAGCGGUCAGAACCGGACUCUGGUGCAGGGGCAGCUGGAGUACGUCAUGGACAUCCUGGUGUUCCACUCAUCACGACAGGACGGAUCCAACCAGUGCUCGCACAACAACGGCCACUGUGCGCACCUGUGCCUCGCCUCUCCAGCAGGGGCGCAGUGUCGCUGCGCAUCACACUACACACUGCAGCCCAACGGCCUCAACUGCAGCUCUCCCUCCAGUUUCCUGUUGUUCAGUCAGAAGAGUUCUAUCAGUCGGAUGGUUUUGGGAGAGCAGAGCCCGGAUAUGAUUUUGCCGAUCCACGUGUUUAGGAAUCUGCGAGCGAUCAGCUUCGACCCGCUGAAGCGCUUCAUCUACUGGAUCGACGGGAAGCAGAGCAUCCGCAAGGCCAGAGACGAUGGCUCUCAGGCGGCGACCGUGGUGUCUCCGAGCCCCACGCAGCCUCUCAAACAGCCGCACGAUCUGAGCCUGGAUCCGUUCAGCCGCACGGUGUACUGGACCUGCGAGAACACCAACACCAUCAACGUGCAGCGCAUGGACGGACAGACGGUGGGGGAGGUGGUGCGAGACGACGUGGACAAACCCAGAGCCAUCGUCGUCAACGCCGAGAAAGGCUACAUGUACUUCACCACGCUGCAGGAUCGCUCGGCGAAGAUCGAGGGCGCGUCUCUGGAUGGGACGGAGCGCGAGUCACUGUUCACGACCGGUUUGAUCCGGCCCGUGGCGCUCGCUCUGGAUAACAAACUAGGCAAGCUGUUCUGGGUGGACGCGGAUCUCAAACGCAUCGAGAGCAGCGACCUGUCUGGAGCCAAUCGGAUCGUUCUCCAGGACUCCAACAUCCUGCAGCCGAUCGGUCUGACCGUCCUCGGAGAUCACCUGUACUGGAUCGAUAAGCAGCAGCAGAUGAUCGAGCGCGUGGACAAACGCAGCGGGGACAGGAGGACGCGGAUUCAGGGACGGAUUCAGUCUCUGACCGGAAUUCAUGCCGUGGAGCUCAUAGAGACGGACGAGUUCUCGUCCCAUCCUUGUUCCCGUGACAACGGGGGAUGCUCACACAUCUGCAUCGCCAAGGGAGACGGGACGCCACGGUGCUCGUGUCCCAUUCACCUGGUGCUGCUGCAGAACCUGCUCAGCUGCGGAGACCCGCCCACGUGCUCUGCGGAUCAUUUCACGUGUGCGACAGGUGAGAUCGACUGCAUCCCGAUGGCGUGGCGGUGUGACGGCAUUGCCGAGUGCGCUGACCACAGCGAUGAGAUGAACUGUCCCGUGUGCUCGGAGCAGCAGUUUCAGUGUCACGGUGGACAGUGUCUCGAUGUUAAACUGCGCUGCAACGGAGAACAGGACUGCACCGACGGAUCCGACGAACACGACUGCCACACCAUCUGCAUGCCCAAUCAGUUCCGCUGUAAAAAUAAUAAAUGCAUCUCGAAGAAGCAGCAGUGCGACUCGUACCCCGACUGCUCGGACGACUCAGACGAGCUUUUCUGCGAUUUCCCACCACCCAGCGGUGACGAGCGUCACACCAACACCAUCGGGCCAGUGAUCGGGAUCAUCUUGUCGGUGUUCGUGCUGGGCGGGAUGUGCUUCGUGUGUCAGCGUGUCGUGUGUCGCCGCUACAAAGGGCCGAGCGGGGGAUUCCCUCAUGAUUACAUCACCGGGACCGCCCACGUCCCUCUCAACUUCAUCAGCACCAAUAACACGCAACACGCUAACUGUACAGGUAUAUCGUGUGGGAAGUCCAUCGUGAGCUCGGUAAGUCUGAUGGGCAGUAGCAGCAGUGGAGCUCCUCUGUAUGACCGGAAUCAUGUGACUGGAGCUUCAUCCAGCAGCUCAUCCAGCACCAAAGCUGCCUUUUAUCCUCAGAUUCUGAAUCCUCCUCCAUCACCAGCCACAGAUCGCUCACUCUACAACACUGAAGUGUUUUAUUCGUCCAACAGCCCGUCCACGACCAGGUCUUACAGGCCUUAUGUGAUGCAUGGAGGGGCUCCGCCCACCACGCCCUGCAGCACAGACGUGUGUGACAGCGACUACACACCGAGCCGCUGGAAGAGCAAUAAGUACUACAUGGAGGUGAACUGGGACUCCGAGCCGUGCCCGCCCCCGCCCACCCCACGCAGCCACUACAUGUCCGCCGAGGAGAGCUGUCCUCCAUCACCCUCCACCGAGCGCAGCUACUUCCACCUGUGUCCACCUCCACCCUCACCCUGCACCGACUCGUCCUGACCACACACACACACACACACACACAUGAAGCCAUGUGGGCGUGUUUAUUUUCCCUCACUCAGUCCUCCAGCGUCCACAGACGUUUCUCGACGAAGAUAAACAAACCAAAAAGAUGUUCUUUUUUUACGGCAGAGAUGUUGUACAUAUGUAUAAUAAAGUAAAUAAUAAUAAUGAUAACAAUAAUAAUAAUAAUAAUAAUAAUAAUAAUGUCGUUGUCGUCAUCGUCAUGGCGACGUGUUCUCUAUGUGAAUUUUUACGAAAUUACGAAGCGUAUGUUUGGCUAGUUCUGUUUACCAAAAGUGUGUUUGCUGCUAUUGUACAUAAUCCUUUAAUCCGAAUAAUGAUGAAAACGGCCGUCAAAGUCACGCCUCUACACGUGUAUAUAUAAAUAAAUAAAUAAAUAAAUAUGAAUAUAAAUCUGACCAUAGCUUGCUAGUGAAAUUGUACUGAUAGCGCUAAUGUUUUAAUCGUAACAUUAUUGAUCUCAUAGUGACGUUUCAGCUUCACUUGUGUACAGGAUCAUAUCCGAAUAGAAAACGCAGCCCACGUGAGAGAGGAGGAGAGUCGGGGCUAAACGUCUGCAUGCACGACCAAGAGCUGAUCAUUUCAUCGAAUAUAAAGAAGUCCGGCUGUUUUAAGUAAAGUUUAAUAACGUAUAUAAUAUUAUACAAAUGUUAAAGUGAAGGGAUGUGAUAGAAAUUAGUUAGACUUGUAAACUGGAUUUAUUUCCCAAAUAUGGAUUUAAAUUGGUUAAAUAAACAUGGGACAGGAAGCUGUGACCAUAUAAGGAAAGUGAAGCGUAAACCAGCAGAUCACCAGUUUUGCUCUCAGCCAAUCGGAACACACGAAUGAGAAUUUAGUGAUGAAAUAAAAGCAGUUCCGGGUCGCGCACUCGGACGUCUCCAGCCGAGUGUGUUCGCUUCCGUUAGAAACUCGACUUUAAUGACGAGAGUUUAGUUUUAGUUUUGAACCUUUCCCUUGAAAUGAACUCUCGUUUAUUUCACGUUUUAGCUCACGUAGUCAGUGUCCCUGUGUUUUAUACGUUUUUACGUGAAGCACUUAGAUUGAAAACCGUGUCUGGAUCUUUCCAGAAGCCGUGUGCUGAUAUUAAACCAUCACAUCAACAUAAAGUGCUGGAUUUCCAAUUACAACUGCCCCGAUGAUGUCACAAAACCGACCAAUCAGCAUCUCUCUUUCUCUUUCUCACACACACAUUCUGUAGGCUUCCUUCUCUUCCUCACUACUUUCUAUUCCUCCAUUCUCCUUUCCUUCUCCUCUCCCGUUUCUUCUUUUUCUCUAUCUUUCUUUAUCUCUCUCCCCUGUUAAAAAUACUACCUUUUUUGUAUUUUUGUCUUUCUUACAUUAUUCGUCUCUCUCUCCUCCUUUGCAUUUCUUUCUUUCAUCCAUUCACCUACCCUUCCUACUCUAUCUCUUUCUCUUCUCUUUAACUUUCUUUCAACCAUUCAUUCUUUCUUACUCUUUUCCUUUUAUCUUUCUGCUUUCCUCUCCUUUCUUUCUUUUUUUCGAAGAUGUAGGUGGAGUUCAUUCUAACAGUAAAGGUGAUCGAGAGCUCCAGUCGUGGUAGAAACAUUAUUUUCUGUUUGUGAUUCUGAUGAAUUCAUCUCUGAAGCUGAAAGCAGCACUGCCUCGUUAACUCAUUAAUUAAUUCACUCAUUAAUGUCUGGUCCAGGUUGUCUUUAAGCCCUGAAUGUGACCGAAUCAUGUCUUUUCCAUCAUGUAAUGUCUCAUUUCUGUCUCUGUUUCAUCGUUCUGUGAUUUUGUUUCUUCUUGUUAAAUGUAAUUUGUGUUUGGUUAGCGUGUACGUGCAGCUUCCACACUGCCACCGAGCUUCACAUCAGCAUUUUAAUGUACAGAUGCCUCAUGUAAUGCACAUUCGUGAUGAUUUUUUUCUAUCAAAUACAUUUUUAUAUAUAAUAAAGUUUCUAUUUUACAGAG